GUGUGCGUGUGUGUGUGAGAGAGAGAAUAGGAACUGAUAAUAAUCUGAACAGCUCCUCUUCUCUCCGCGAGAAGACUUGAAAGUGCCAGACAGACACAGAUUAGGCUGCAUACAGCGCUAACUACACUACAGUACAGUACAGCUGGAAUGUGGCUACUAGCACUGCGGCUAGCCAGCUGCUCUCAGCCAGAGAAAACUUUUACAGGAAGAUCAUGACUACUGCUGUCACACCGCCACCGGCCCGGUAGAAAAUCAAAAGAGUUAGGCUGACAGAGGAGCCGUAUCCUUUGGGCAACCGGAGGGACUCCUGUCAAGAAUAAUCAACAGGUCAAUGACUGUCAACCCUUUUCCUGGAACGUAGCCACAGCUGAGUAACUUACAAACAUGAACAUCGAUGACAAGCUUGAGGGAAUCCUGAUUAGAUGUGGCACUGUGGGCCUACACCACUCAACAAGAGCCCUGGCACCCUCCGGGGUGGACAGAAGAGGAGGAGGCUUGGAUAUGUCUCUUGGAGAAAAGAGUUUGGCCAAUCAGCCCCUUCUUGCAGAAGAUGAUGAGGAGGAGGAGGAGGAGGAGGAGGAGGAGGAUGACGUAGACCUGGCCAGAGGGACACUGACCUCACACGACCUCAUCUCGCAUGACGAACUAAUGGUUCAUGAGGAGACUGUGAAGAAUGACGCAGAAGAAGACCCAGACUUCUCCCAGCGGCUCUCAAAUAAGCUACCUUACACACUUCACAUGCCUGUGAAUAUUAAACAGGAAGUGAAGCUGUCAGACUCACUGAUUCUCAGCAGUAAGGACAAGAAACCAGUCAAGGAUCCUGUAGAAUGCCUGAAAAAGAAGAAGAGAAAGCAGCGAUCCCCAGCAAAGAUUCUCACCAUUAAUGAGGAUGGGUCGCUGGGACAUCAGAGUCCGAAGUCCCAUAUUUGUGAGCACUGCAAUGCUGCUUUUCGAACAAAUUACCAUCUACAGAGACACGUCUUCAUUCACACAGGAGAGAAACCUUUCCAGUGCAGUCAAUGUGACAUGCGUUUCAUUCAGAAGUACCUGUUGCAGAGGCAUGAGAAAAUUCACACAGGAGAAAAGCCUUUUCGCUGUGAUGAAUGUGGAAUGAGAUUCAUUCAGAAGUAUCAUAUGGAGCGACACAAGAGGACACACAGUGGGGAGAAGCCCUAUCAGUGUGAUUACUGCCACCAGUACUUCUCCAGAACCGAUCGAGUCCUGAAGCAUAGACGGAUGUGCCAUGAAAACAAGGAGAGAAAAGCCCAUAAAGCAGCUGUCAAAGAUGGACUUCUAAGCAACACAGAAACACUGGCAUUCUCUUUCACUUCCAAGGAGUGCACCCUACCCAAGAAAAAACGUCAGAAAUCCACUGAUAAAAAUCGCAGCUUGGCUGUAAACCCUGGUAUGGCAGUAGUUGAGGGUGCUGGUAAGGAGAAGACAGAGGAAAAGACAGAAGAGAAGACAGAAGAUAGGCUUGCCAAGAAUGAAUGUCUUCCUCUGUACGCCGUGACCACCAAGGUGAAGGAUGAGUAUGUAGUGGCAGAAUAUUCAGUUGAGCUCCCGGAUUCCUCUCCAGGAAACAGGCACCUUACAGGGGAGGUGUCUUCUGAUGAGAUCAUCACUCCUCCGAAGUUGGUGCUGAAGAAGAUUGCCAGUAAGAAAAGUGUGAAGCAGCAGCCUUUAGAACAGCCCCAGACUCUUUCUCCCUUGUCUUCAUUUGAGGAGGGAAAAGUCACAAGAUACACAUUUGAGAUUGUAGAUAACAAGGGUCUAUUGGAUAUAGAGCCAAGCUCUGACUUGGAGAGUGUUGAUCCCCUCCAUGGUGGGCCAGCAAAGCCAGCUGGGAGCAGCACAAACUAUGAUGAUGCCAUGCAGUUUCUCAAAAAGAAGCGUUACCUCCAGGCAACCACGACUAAUAACAAUCGGGACUAUGCCCUUAAUGUGAGUAGCAUCUCUUCACAGUCCUCCAUCACUCAGGCAGCCGUUGCUACCGUCAUAGAUGAGACUGUUCCUGCCACAAUCCUCUCUGAGACUCAGACUCUGAACGUGGAGAUCAAGACAAGUAAUGAGAAGAACGUCUUCCCAGAUGAAGUCCUACAGUCGCUCUUGGACCACUACUCCAGCAAGACCAAUGGUCAAUCAGAGAUCAGCUUCAGCGUAGCAGACACAGAGGUGACCUCCAGCAUCUCUAUAAAUUCAUCUGAUGUUUCUGAGAGCAGCCCUACUGAGAACUUGGGGACCAGCUCCCAACCACCCCCUGCAGAGAAAGCCAGUCUUCUUCAGGAGUAUUCAAAAUUUCUCCAGCAAGCAUUGGAGCGAACCAGUCAAAAUGACAGCUACCUGAACAACCAGAGUCUUACAUUUGUAACUGAUGGUGCCAGCCUCGCCGGGCAGCCGUUGUUUUCUACAGACAAACAAUUCACUUCCUCAAGUCGAUUUAGAUCAGGCAUGAACUCUCCUCUGAGAUCAACCCUGGAGAAACCUCACUUUGGUCUUUUAGUAGACUCUCAACACUCUUACUCAUUUUCAGGCGAUGAAACUAACCCCUCUUCAGUGUCACCAACUGAGGACUUUCUGGAGCAGGUUUCGUCCCCCAAAAAGAUAGACACUCAGGGCAUCGGUCAAACAUUUCAAAUAGCCAGUUUUGACCAGAACUUCCGAUCUCAGUUCCAGACAUCCCGGUCUGGACUGUCAUCGCAGUUUAAUGGUGCCAAUGGACAGGUCAGCCUAAGAAGUCAUGGUGGAACAGACUUCCCAGAAUUCCCACUUGUUAAUGUUACUGAGACCAGAACUCAGAUGACCUCAUCUCCAGAUGCUACAAGCAGCCAAACCUUUGGCUAAAGAAAGCUAUUUAAAAUUUCAGUCAUUUUGAAGCACUUUAUACUCCUGGUCUCUGGUUUCUGCGAAUAUAGGCACCUCCUCUACGUUAUAUAUAUAUAUACACACACACAUACACACAUACAUACAUACAUACAUACAUACAUACACACACACACACAUACACACACAGGGGUUGGACAAUGAAACUGAAACACCUGGUUUUAGACCACAAUAAUUUAUUAGUAUGGUGUAGUGCCUCCUUUUGCGGCCAAUACAGCAUCAAUUCGUCUUGGGAAUGACAUACAAGUCCUGCACAGUGGUCAGAGGGAUUUUAAGCCAUUCUUCUUACAGGAUAGUGGCCAGGUCACUACAUGAUGCUGGUGGAGGAAAACGUUUCCUGACUCGCUCCUCCAAAACACCCCAAAGUGGCUCAAUAAUAUUUAGAUCUGGUGACUGUGCAGGCCAUAGGAGAUGUUCAACUUCACUUUCAUGUUCAUCAAACCAAUCUUUCACCAGUCUUGCUGUGUGUAUUGGUGCAUUGUCAUCCUGAUACAUGGCACCGCCUUCAGGAUACAAUGUUUGAACCAUUGGAUGCACAUGGUCCUCCAGAAUGUUUUGGUAGUCCUUGGCAGUGACGCACCCAUCUAGCCCAAGUAUUGGGCCAAGGGAAUGCCAUGAUAUGGCAGCCCAAACCAUCACUGAUCCACCGCCAUGCUUCACUCUGGGCAUGCAACACUCUGGGUGGUACACUUUUUUGGGGCUUCUCCACACCGUAACUCUCCAGGAUGUGGGUAAAACAGUAAAGGUGGACUCAUCAGAGAACAAUAAAUGUUUCACAUUGUCCACAGCCCAAGAUUUGCUCUCCUUGCGCCAUUGAAACUGACGUUUGGCAUUGGCACGAGUGACCAAAGGUUUGGCUAUAGCAGCCCGGCCGUGUAUAUUGACCCUGUGGAGCUCCCGACGGACAGUUUUGGUGGAAACAGUAGAGUUGAGGUGCACAUUUAAUUCUGCCAUGAUUUGGGCAGCCGUGGUUUUAUGUUUUUUGGAUACAAUCUUGGUUAGCACCCGAACAUCCCUUUCAGACAGCUUCCUCUUGCGUCCACAGUUAAUCCUGUUGGAUGUGGUUCGUCCUUCUUGGUGGUAUGCUGACAUUACCCUGGAUACCGUGGCUCUUGAUACAUCACAAAGACUUGCUGUCUUGGUCACAGAUUCCCCAGCAAGACGUGCACCAACAAUUUGUCCUCUUUUGAACUCUGGUAUGUCACCCAUAAUGUUGUGUGCAAUGUUGCAAUAUUUUGAGCAAAACUGUGCCCUUACCCUGCCAUUGAACCUUCACACUCUGCUCUUACUGGUGCAAUGUGCAAUUAAUGAAGAUUGGCCACCAGGCUGGUCCAAUUUAGCCAUGAAACCUCCCACACUAAAAUGACAGGUGUUUCAGUUUCAACGUCCAACCCAUAUAUAUAUAUAUAUAUAUAUAUAUAUAUAUAGAUAUAUAUAGAUAUAUAUAGAUAUAUAUAGAUAUAUAGAUAGAUAGCACCUCCUCAGAUGUUGAUCUCUGAGCAAGCAUUUAGCAGUUUCAUUAAUCAGUCACAGGUGGGAUCAUCUUUGCAAGAGUGAUUUUGUUUUGCAGCACAUUUUGUUCUUACUAGUCAUGUAAUGUUAUUCUAUAUAUGUAAUUCAAAGGCACUUUUUCCUAAAAUUUUCUUCAUUCCUUUUUUUGUUUUAAUUCAAUAAGCAUACAGUACAUCUACAACACUGACUGCACAAGCAAUCUCUCCAUGACAGAGUUUACCUUCUUUAAAAGGUACAGGCAUAAAAACUCAAAUUUGAAAUGGCCUAAAUGAAUAAUUUUAUAUAAUGAAAUUAUGUAAAAUAUUUUUGCACAUUACUCUGAAGGUAAAAUAUCAAAAAUAUAAAGAAAGCUCUUGCAGUACAAUUAAAAUAGGUACAUCUGUGAUAAUCAGUGUAUUUGUUUAUAAUUGAUUAAUACCCUUUAUCUUUGAACAAAAAAAAUAACAUGCCAAUGAGACUUGUACUGUAUCCAUCCAUAGAAUUUAUAAAUGGUAACAUGAUUUCAAAGUUUUCACAGCAUAUGGGUACUGUAGAAGACACAGUUUGUAGUUGAAUUAAGUGGUUCAGUCUCUCUCAGAGAUCAGUUAAGAGGAACUGAAUGGAAUAAAGUUACAUUCAGAUACAUCAUUACCUCAGAUACAUCAUUAAUACAGUUGAUAAAGGUUUUAAGGAUUUUCAAGCACAUUUCAGGAGUGCAUUUUUAUUACUAUUUUGGUUUUGAGAGGUAUAUGAUGUAAGCCUGCUUUUUUUUGCAUGUAGUGCCUUUUUGGUGUGUUUGCUGAUGCAAAAUUUAAUAUUCAUAACAUUCCUUCUUUUAACUGCCUUUCUCUCUUUAUUGCUUUUUGGUUUAGAAGUGACAUUGACAGCAAAGAGAGGCAAAACUAGAUUUAGUUGUUAACCCAUUAAAUGUGCACUUGGGCCUUGUAGGGAAAAAUCCACUGCUUUGUAUCAUAGGUUUUACAAUCAUACCUGAAGGACGUAAUGUUAUGAAUCAUUUUUGAAGCACCUUUUCCCCCAUCAUUACAGUGAUGUAGACAUUUGACAUGGUGAGAAGCUGGCAAUGUCUUUGAGAUGACAUUCUCUUCUUGGUAGUUAUCAAGUAAAAUUUAGUUUUAAUCAUAUUUCUUAUGAACUAAAAAAUGCAUUCUUUAUGUCUAGUUGGAAUAAAGGGUUGAAGUGCAUGAUCUUGAUCGUUGGUACAGCUGCAUUUAUAUGGUCUUGGUAAACAUAGUUGUGUUUAUUCUACAUCUUCAAUAUUGAUCUGACAAAUAAUCAUGUAAAUGAAAUGCCUUUGUUGUUUAUAUUUUCUGUUUGUUUCAGAAUUUGUUUGAGUGCUUGUGGAAACGUCUUAACCAGGUUCAUAACCAGCUGUACUUCACCUGGAUUGUGCUUUUUUUUUUUCCUCUUUAGGCCUAUAGUAGUAUCAUGCCAAACUGCAGACUACAUGGGAACUGCAUUGUAAGCUUAUUUUGAAUCAAUACAAUCCAUUUACAAUCAGGGACAAAUACAAUCCUUGUUUUAAAUUGCUGUUACUCUUCUUAAAUCAUUGUAAACAUUCCUACAUUUUAUUGUCAGUAGACAUCUGAUGUGUAUUGUUGUAAAUAAGUUGUAUAUUUUAAACUGUACAUUUUGUUCUGUGUAUGCGAAGACUGAGACGAGCAAGUUGGAGAUAUUUGGGAUCUCUGAAUUUGUACAUGAACGUUGAUUCAGUCAGCAUAAUCCUGUUGGUUCUGGCUCCGCUGAACACAGCUCAUGUUUCUGUUGACUCAUAGUGAUUGAGUUUCUCUCUCUUGAAGUUGAAAUGCCACUUUAUUUCAGAAAGCAUUUUCAGGUCUUUAAAGCCUGUAUUUGCACCUAUUUAAGAACCUGAUUGGAAGCAUUAUUUAUAAAAUCACUCAGCAGAUAUUAAAUCUCUUUAAGUGAAGUCAUCUUAGUUGCUAUUCCACAUCCGAUCAACAGCUACGAUACCCAUAAGUGCUCCUUAAAUCUUACAUGUGUUGAAAAGAUGGAUUGAAAGGUUUUUCAUUUCACUUCAUAGGAUGGCUGUGUCGAUCGUUACCUUUCUUACUGCUGGAAAAAGCUCAAAAACAGGCAUACGCAACCAUUCUGUGAUCUUCCCCCUUAUUGAUUUCUAAAAUUGGAGUCAACUGAGCAAUGGUAUUGAUGGAUUCAUUAUUAUUCUGGUUUAGUUUGAUGCGAUGAAUUACUGUUAAACAGUGAUGGUUUGUUAAUUUCUUAAUAGUUUUAGACAUUUUCCAUUUGUUGGGGGAAUGCAUGUCCACUUUUUUUUUUUUGGUACACUGGUUAUAUUUUUAUAUGUGAUGUAUUCAUUUUACUGUAGCCAAAAGAUUUCCAUAGAAUACCUUUACUUUUAUGCAAUACUAUGUAUAAGAUGUGGAAAAAGAGAUUUGAUUGGUUUUCUUUUCUUGUGUGUUUAUGUCAUUUCAAAUACAAUAACAAAAGGAUCUGG